CUUCAAAUUUUCACCGGGAGCAGCAGGCGGGCCACAUGCGGGGGGCGGGGCUUUGCACCUUCCACUCUGAUUGUGCGGUUCAAAAAGCGGCCAACGUCUCUUCGCCCGGUGAGCGACUUCACUUGCUCGCUUUCACCCAACGACGCGGGCCGACAAAAUGCUCUCGACGUGAAUACCUUCGCUGUUUUUCAUUUUUUUGAAAAAAACAAAGAAACAAAACAAAACAAAAAAAACCCCCAUUUCUGUCAAGAAAGAGAAUUGAUUGAACGACACUUGACCGAAGACCGCGAGGGAGCCGAGCAGGUGGGACGGCGGCGUUGACGUCGUUGUCGUCGGGAGUCGACAAGUCAAAAAGUCUCGCUGAAGUGUGACCGAAGCGUGUGUCGUUUGGCACUUGAGUGUGAUAACGAGGCUGGAAAAAAAAAAAAAAAAAAAAAGGAAAGAAAAAUGUCCAAAUUGUCCCAGGAGAGCUACGCCGCCCUGGACGAGUCCUCUCUCCGAGCUUUGCUGGAUGGAACCGUGGAUCUGGACGAGAGGCGAAUCAUCCGUUCAGCCAUCCGCGAGUUGAGGAGGAGAGAGAUCGAGGACAUGGAGGCCGCACUGGCAAGCAAGAGGUUCCGACACACGCGCCUCAAACAGCAGGAGGACAAGGAAAACCAGCACAGGUCAGAAUCCAGCGAGGCCUUGGAUGUCCUGUCGCACAAACUAAAAGCGAUCAGAGAUGUCGACGAACUCACCAAGAUGCUACGUGCUGCCAGCGAAUACGAGGAGAGGAAGUUGAUCAGAGCAGCCAUUCGCCAAAUCCGAGACGAGCAGCUCCAAGUGGAAAGGGUUAAAGACCCCGGUCGCGGCCUGGAGACAGAGAGUCUGGAGACCCACAGCAUCAAGGGGACUGCGCGGAGAGAGGACUGUGAACAAGACCACCUCAAAUCUCAGAUCCGCGAGUUGCGUGGCCAGCAGACGAACCAAAGCCGAGAGUUACAGAGACUAGGCUCCAGCUCCGGCAUGGUGCUGGUUCUUGACAACCUGGCGAAAGAGGACGGCUCUGGACCUCUGUUGAUCCAGCCGCAGAGAGAAGCGGUGGCCGCUGAGCCAGACCUGGUCCUGUCCAACCGUCAGAGGUCCGAUUCUACAGUUUCAGACUGCAGCGUGGACUCUUUACUUUCCAGAUCCAAUAUGGAUUCUGUGACUACAGAAAAGAGCCUGAGCUCGACCUACAGAGCCCGUUCGGACUCUGGGGCCUCAGACAGAAGCCAGGGCUCCUCUCAGCGCAGCAGACGGGACUCUGGCGCCUCAGAGCACGCUAUCGACUCCCAAUCUUGCGUCAAUCAAACACCGGGAUCAGAUUGCUCCGAUUCUUGUGUCAGGAACCUUUUAGGUUCUGGAGAUUUUCGCAGCAUUGGUUCAUCGAGAAACCGCAAUGACUCUGUCACAUCAGAUCGCAGCGUGAGUAUGUCCUCUGAAGAGAGGUGUACAGCAGAGGAAGAGGAGGUGGAUACCAGCGUCUCGGCUCACAGUACCGACUCAGAAACUGAGACCAGAAGCCGAGGUCCAGACAGCCUCCAGAGCGGCCUUAUCAACCAGGAUCUUCCAGACGGCUCCGUCCUGUCUCGCAGAACCCUUGAAACUGGCCCAGUCAAUGGUAUUGCUGAAGAAAAACUCGAGACCGCACCAUGUGAUGGAACAGUCACUCGAGGCAAAGAUGCCGCACCUGAAAAGCGAGACGUUCCGCCGGAACAGUCCAAGCGCAGCAACUCUGUGCGCGAUCGGAUGCGCAAGUUCAACGAGGCCAGUCAGCCCGCGGCGUUCCCCGCCUUGAGGAAGACUCCUCUGAGCAGCAGCGGCCAGACAAACGUCUCCAGAUCCGCGGAGCUGUUUACUCCCCCCGCGACAUCCCUCAUCUCCUCUGGCAACAGGCCGGCUUGGGCGCACGUCGACUCCGCAGCGCGCACCUCCGCCGCAUCCAAGGGUCAGGCCACACCUCAUCUCAGAGGCGGGGCGAACAAACCUCUGUCUUCGACCGGCCAAUCCCAGCAACCCGUGGGCGGAACGAGUCACCCGGCUGAAAAGAGCGGACCCGUCCCGAGGGAUUCGAAGGAAGACCAGACCCUCGGGGAAGAAGCUGGUGGACAGUGGCACACCCAAGAAGAGGUAGACCCAGACAUGAAGACCUUUCUCACCAUUGAGAUCAAGGACGGUCGCGCCGCAUCCUCCCAGAGGGGCAACGUCGUCGCCGUCAGCAACAUGACCCCACGUGUCACGACUAACGCUCUGGGGCAGAGAACAGAGCUGACCUUCGGCCUCAGAGCUACACCGUUCAAGAUCUCAUCUUCCUCCUCCAUCCCCUCUGGAUCCUCCAUCAAGAUGGAGACGGAGCCUGUCGCCGCCCCAGAGGUGACGUUUUCAUCCGGACCCUCAGUCCAGGUGCACAUCCCCGCCAUUCCGAACGGUUCCGCGAUCCAGACCGAUGCCGAGGAGCGUGGCGGAAAAUUGACCGCUGACCAGCUGGCCGCCAUCGAGGAUGAAGAGCUACUUGAUAAAAUGCUCGACGAGUCCAAAGAUUUUGAGGAGAGGAAAAUGAUCCGUGCAGCCAUGAGGGACCUCCGCAAGAAAAAGAGAGAGGCCAUGCUGGGGUGUACUCAAGAGGAAAUAGACCAGAGAGAGAAGGAACGAGAGACUCGCCUUCAGGAGCUGCGGCAGCAAAGAGACGAGCGUUCGGGCAAAAGUCGCGCAGGUGUCGGCGCGGGAGAGAUGGUGAUGAGGAAGGUGGAGAAGUCUGCAGAUGGCUCCACCCUCAGCCAAGUCACCAAGAUGGACCGCUUCGCUCAGUCCGAUGAUGGGAGCAGAUCUUCUCGCAGCACUCUUGUUGAAGCUAGUUACGUGCAGAAAACAGACAGAGGGACAGUCCAAUCCAAAUCUUACAGCUUCACAUCUUCGUCAUCCUCUAAUACGAGCAAAAAAGUAGGCAGCGUGUUUGACCGCGAGGAUGAGUCGUCGUCCCGCAGCGGCGGGUUGGCCGCGGUGGAGCGGAGGCAGGCCGAGAGGCGCAGGGAGCUGAUGAGGGCGCAGACCUUGCCCAAGACCUCGGCCAUGCAGGCUCGCAAAGCCAUGAUAGAGAAGCUAGAGAAGGAGGGAGGCGGCCCGGGACAUCAGGUGGUCUCCAAAGUAAACAGGGUGCAGCGUUCCACCAGCUUUGGUGUACCCAACGCUAACUCCAUCAAGCAGAUGCUGCUCGACUGGUGCCGCGCCAAGACCCGCUCGUAUGAGCACGUGGACAUCCAGAACUUUUCAUCCAGCUGGAGCGACGGCAUGGCGUUCUGCGCCCUGGUGCACAACUUCUUUCCGGAGGCCUUCGACUACAGCUCCCUGAGUCCCAGCAACCGUAGGCAGAACUUUGAGGUGGCCUUCAGCAAUGCCGAGACGUACGCCGACUGCAUGCCUCUGCUGGAAGUGGAGGACAUGAUGAUCAUGGGGAACAGACCCGACUCCAAGUGCGUGUUCACCUACGUGCAGUCCCUGGUCAACCACCUGCGCAGGCACGAGAUGGCCAUGGGUCGGCCCUCCGACCUUUGACCUGUGACGAGCGUCGAGCCUCCGCGUGGCUGCUCACACCUUCUGCGCACCAACAAGGCAGGGUGGAUUGUGGGUUUGUGCGUUUAAAAAAAAAUUCAGUCAACAGUGUUGUCGUCCUCUCCUGGAUAAAAAUCACAUACAAUGUAUUCCCCCCCCCCCCCCCAAAAAAAAAAUACCGUUGGCUGAGCAACACUACAUUUUUAAAUAUCCUUUUUAGCACAACCACCUCUUUGCUGCUUUUAAUAUUUCAGUCGCAUCCAUACUAGUGACACACGAGAGAGGCAACAAUAUACUGUACACUACUACGACUUUUUAACUUAUUUAUACAUACAUUUUCUACCGUACAUUCAAUAUCCAUCCCACGAAACGAGAGUUCUUGAUACAUUAGUAAUAUAAUGUUGGUACUUUUUAAUAUUUUUUGUGACCCACCUUGGCUCACUUUAUUAAGAUUUUAAGUUAUUAUUCUCCCUCUGGUGACUUCAUUUAGCAUAAUUUAAAAAAAAAUUGAAUAAUUUCACUGAGUUGUGUGUAAUAGCGCAAGUUUAGCGGUCUAAAGUCUGCAGUGCUACUUGAAACUCAUCCGUUUCAGGCAAAAUUUUGUGUCAUGAUGACAAAUGAGUGAUUUUGCCACCACCAUCAUCAUCAUCAUCGCACUUGGGGGGGAGGCUAACUCUAGGAGUUGUUGUAGAUUUAAAAAAUAUUAAUUUUGUUGCAUUGGAGGGCCUAAUGAGGUCGAGACGACUCCUGACCCAACACGUGCAAGGGUAUAUUUUGUAGCAAAAAUGAUAAAAAAAAAAAAAGUUAAACAUUUUUGUUUGUCUAGAAUUUGCAGUCUUUUAAAUUCUUGUAUGUAUAAAAUUAAGGGUAUUAACUGUGUAGAUUGUUGGUAAAAUUGGAGAAAUACUCAUUGCUACUGACUAAGAAAAAGAAAAAUGCUGUACAUAAAAGCUUCAAACACUAUUUGAUGUUUCUGUGCACCACAAUUCAACGAAUCUAUUAAAGCAGAGAAACAUUU